AUGGCGCUUUGGAGGAAAAGUUUGUCAUUUUCUUGCUGUAAUUGUGAGAGACAAACGAAGUAUUCUUGUAUAACGUGUGGUAAAAGUGUAUGUGUCCGAUCGGAAUGUUCGAUUCCUGAAGUUAAUGAAGAAGCUAUCGGCUGGCAACCAAAUAAACGUGUUGGGUAUUGUCUCAAGUGUGCUCUUUGUACAGAAAAGCUUGUCAAAGCUUGUCAGAGCGAAGUGGAUGACAAAGACCAUGGUCAGAGGGAUCUUACAACAUGUAUUCGCGAAGAAGAAGAAGAAGAAGAAGAAGAAGAAGAAGAGUCAGAUUUCAUCGAGGAAGGUGAAAUGGUGAGUUCUGAAUGUGGGAAAAGGAAGAAAAGAAUUGGGCGGAGAGCGACUUGGAAAGAAGAUCGCAUCACUGAUAUGGUAAAUAUCAUUGUUAAUGAUGACCAGCUGGUCAAGAAACUGAUAUUUUGCAAUACUAAGAAAGCAAGCAAUACUGAAGCUUAUGAGAUGGUGCGGAAACGGCUGAACGUCGAAUACAAUAAGACCACCGGGAGUGAUUUUCCUUUCAAAGUGCAACAAAUGAGAAAUAAAUUUAAGUCAUGCAUUAGUACGUGUAAGCAGAUCUGCAUGACAAUGAAAACUGCUUCAGGUAUUGAAAGGUUUGUUGAAGAACGGGGAUAUGGUAAAUGGUUUGACCUUCUUUAUGUACUUGUUAAAACUAGAGAUUCAUGUCAACGAGAAAAUGCAUGUGAACCCUCUGUACAUAUUGGAAAUGUAGACAAGCAAGAUACCAGCAAGAAUGAUCAAGAAGUUGAUGGUGAUGAUGAUGACUGUGCAAGCGCUUCAUCCAGCCUUAUGGAUAGCAGUGGAGAAGUUCCAUCCAAGGGUAAACGUUUCUUGGCAAAGAAACCUGCCUCUAAAAGAGCUAAAACUGAGCAGAUGGUGAAAGCUGUUGAACUACUUCAAAGUACUAUUGAGAAUGAUCCCACCAAAGAACUUUUGCAAAUUUUAAGGGAAGAUAUGAAGCAGUCUAGAGAACAGGAAAUGAGGUACUUCCAGUUGAUGUGUGGCCUACUAACGCCCAACAGCAAUCCAAACAUGCAACCCCAUGGUAAUUUCCAUCCUUAUAGCAGUUCUUAUUCUGAUGAUUUUCAUCAUCAAAGCCAUAAUUUUGCACAACAAUCUGUGUCCAAUCCCAGAGCUAGCAGCAGUCACCCAAGUACCCCAUCCUUUGGGUACACACCAUUGAUGUCAUCUGCUCCAAAAAAUGAUGAGCAGUCUCUCCUACAUCACGUUCAGUCAACUAUGACUUCACAAGGACAAUCUGGUGUUUCACAGUUGUACCAAUUUUGA